CUUUUGAUAAUUCAAUGCACGAAAGUCCUUCAAAGUCUUACUAUUUAGCAUCACUAAAUCCCAUUUUUCACGGGCUUUCAUUUGGUAUAAAAUUCAUCAUAUCUCCGAUUUAGAAUUAUAGCGUUACUCCCCUUGAAUAAUAUUAUUUGCUACCCUGUACAUCGGAGUCUUGAGGUGUCAACAAUGUCGGUACUUCGACGAGCUGUUUGCUCUAUACAACAUAAUCGAUUACGGCGAUUCCAAAUAUGUCAUAAUUCCGAGGAACGCUUCUCUACAAAAAGAAGUCAUCCGAUUUUGAUAUGAAAUUGUCUCUUAUUGUCUCUAGUUCAAGUGAAAAAUUCUUCGAUGAUACAGAACUGAUUAUUACAUAAGAGAAUGCUAAAAUAUCUUUUCAUCUGUUUCUUUAUAUAUAAAUAUCUUAGAUCUAUCUAUUUAGCGUGGUGUUACGUUGGCAAACGUCGUUUAGAAAAAGCUUUAUCUCAAUUAGAUUCAUCAAAGGUUAAUGUGGAAAUAUCUUGGUAUCCAUUUGAAUUAGAUUCAGGAUCACCCAGAGAAGGUUCAAUAUUAAAACUUGAUCGUUAUAAACAAAAAUUUGGUGAAGAAAGAACAAAACAAAUGAUAACUCAAAUGCAACAAACUGGAAAAGAAGAAGGUAUUCAAUUUUCAUAUGGUGGUAAAGUUGGUUCUACAUUCAAUUCACAUCGUCUUGUUCACUAUGCUAAACUACAUGGAAACAAACAAAAUGAAUUAAUUGCCAUUAUAUUUAAGUAUUAUUUUGAACAAGAAAAAGAUAUAAACGAUCUAAAUGUUUUAUGUGAUUGUGCACAAGAAGUAGGCUAUGAUCGACAAGAAAUUAUGGAUUUUCUUAAAUCUAACAAAUAUGAACAAGAAAUUCAAAAUGAAGUUGAACGUAAUUAUCAGCAAGGUAUUACGGGUGUUCCACAUUUUACAAUUAAUGGAAGAUACAGUGUGAGUGGUGCACAAACACCUGAACAUUUUAUGAAAUUAUUUUCACAAGCAGGUAUCAUUUAA